AUGGCAAGAUCAGGUCAUUCCACUCGCUUGUCUCCUGGAAAACAUAGGGCACGUCAAUCCCAGACACAGAAGCUCAUGGAAACUGAAAUUUCCGAGCUAAAGAACUACCUUCCUGAGUGGACUUCUGCAAAAAGGAGUGAGAAGCAGGCAGUUUUGACUGCAAUUGCCAGGGCUGCCAGGUUGUUUGCGCCAAAGGUUGACCAAGGACAAUGGAAAAAGAGGAAGCAGAUGUACAAGACUUGGUUGUUCAACAACAAGAAAAAGAAGGAAAGGAAGGACAUUUAUGGGUUUUCCGGGUUUCAGAUUUCGGGCUCGGGGAUCAGAAAAUGA